AACACAUAUAUACCUGUGUGAAGUACUGUACAAAGGUUAUUAUAGCUUAUACUUCAACUAGGUAUCACAGCUUUGCAGAGGCUCUUGGACAAAAAGCAGGAUGAAUUGUAAAGUUUUUGUUGCCUGUGUAUUCCUUGUCUGCCUUUCUUGGAUAGAUGUGAAGUCUGAAGUAAUAACUGGAAGAAUGCCUAUCUGCCAGAAGAAGCUUCCAUCUCCUGCUUGCCCUUUGAACCUCCAACUAGUCUGUGGCACUGAUGGAAUCACAUAUGAUAACGAAUGCCUUCUCUGCAUUGCAAGAGAGAAAACUAAGAAAAAUAUUCUUAUUAAAAAAGAAGGACCGUGCUGAAUGUGGAGGAGAAAAAAUGCAAACUAAUUUCUUAGAUGUUAAAUCUGAUAGAAAUGAUUGUCUUUAGAAUCCAAUGGAAAUGACUGUCCUUAGAAUACCAAUCAUUAGUUUAAAAACUGCAGUUAGAUUAUCACACUUGUUAUUGCAGAUGAUAGUAUAAAGACCAAAGAAAACAAUAAAAAAUGUUUAGGUUGUUUUCAGACAGUGCUCCUAAAAAUGUGACAAUAUUAAUUUCAGUUACUCUACUGAUACUGUAUGUCAAAAUAAAUAUUUUCAACUUUU